GCUUGUUGUAAGGUGGGAGGAGUAGCUCGCCAUUCAAACUACAUUCGUAAACAAAAUUGUUUUUAAAAUCGGUAUAAUUUUGAAGGCUUUGCGUUUUGUCGGUUUUUGAUUGCGACCUUUUAACGUCGCACUGUCUUUUCGUGGAUAUUAGUUUCCCCCAUUUUUAACGCAGUGACUUGUCCGUGGAUUUGGGAGACUCGGAGGAGGAGAAGAAGAAGAAGCCAUUUUUUUUUUCAAACUUGGCCGCUUCGGUGCUUCAUGGUAACAAGUCAACUUAUGAGUCGGUAAGAGAUUGUCUAACUCGGGUGUGUGGAUAUUGAGGUCGGCACUGGACUGUACUGUCGCUAGUCGACGGCGGAAGACGAGUGAGAUUGAUAUUUUAUUAAAGUGGCAACUCCAAGUGAAGUUGUAUUUAGCAAAGUGGCUAGUUAGUUCGUUAGGUCUCCACGGGGGAGCUGAGAGUCUCCUGUUAGCUGAGGUUAGGUACUUCAUGCUUGCUCGAUAUGCCUAACUUCUUUCAUUACUUUUCUUUAACCGUUUGACUUGAACUUAACGCUCGCCUUGGUUUACAACAGCGUUAGCGUCUUUGGAUCUGUAUAACUCUCAGUAGAGAGUUUCUUUUGGUUGAGAAAAUGAAUUUCGGCUGCCGACGGCACGCAGAUUUUUCUCCAAACAUUAGACCGAUUCGCCAGAAAUUACAGUUUUCAAACAGCGAUGGAGAAGAAGACAGUAUCGAGGAGGCCAACAACAGCACCGGGGCUGAGUCCGGCUUUACCGAGCUGGAUUCUCCGGUGUCUCUGCGGCGAAGCAGCACGGAUAAGAGACCCGACGAACUGAACAGCAGCCCGCUGAGUCGAACCCGAGAGGACGACGACGCCGAGUCUUGGGACGAGGAAGGCUUCGGCUCUCCGUCACACCUGAAAGUGAGCUUUUGCGGGAAAAACUCUCCAUCGCCGAGAAAAAGUCCUCGCACCUACGACAGCUCACCGGAGAGGACGUGCAUUCAGGACGAUGUGGAGGGUUCGAGCUCUCCCAUUCCCGACUGUCCUGAUACACCACCCCAUAAAACCUUCAGAAAACUGCGGCUGUUCGACACCCCACACACCCCGAAGAGUUUGCUGUCCAGAGCAAGUACUUCAGCUUCUUCCAGCAGGAGAGUCGCGCUUUUCAAGAAUGUGGAUUCCAAAGUAAAGGCGAGUCGCGACGGAAGAAGAAACCAAACACCUCUGGUCAACAUUAACCCCUUCACCCCAGACUCCGUGGUCGUCCAAUCAUCAACUCAACAAAGAAACAAUAGAAAGCGCUCCCACUGGAAUGACUCCUGUGGAGAGGACAUGGAGGCCAGUGAUGCUGAGAUUGAAGAUGAGAUCAUUCCACCUUCAAAGAGAAUUACAAUGAUGGAGAGUAACAUGAUGUCCAGAUAUGCAUCGGAGUUCCAUGAACUUGAGAAGAUUGGUUCUGGACAGUUUGGCUCUGUGUACAAAUGUGUGAAAAGACUAGAUGGCUGCAUAUAUGCAAUUAAGCGUUCUAAGAAGCCUUUGGCAGGAUCCGUGGAUGAGCAAAAUGCACUCCGUGAGGUCUAUGCACACGCAGUUCUUGGACAGCACCCUCACGUGGUGAGAUAUUACUCCGCCUGGGCUGAGGACGACCACAUGCUGAUCCAAAAUGAAUACUGCAAUGGCGGCACCUUGUCUGAUGUUAUUGCUGAGAACUACAGGCGUCUGCACUUUCUGUCUGAACUGGAACUGAAGGACUUGUUGCUGCAGGUCUCCCGUGGGCUCAAGUAUAUCCACUCGACAGCGCUUGUGCACAUGGACAUUAAGCCAAGUAACAUAUUUAUUUCAAGGAAGUCUGCAGUGAGUGUGGAGGAGUUUGAAGACGAGGAGGAUGGGCCCAGCACUAAUGUGAUAUACAAAAUAGGUGACCUAGGUCAUGUGACCAGGGUAACUAAUCCACAAGUUGAGGAGGGUGACAGUAGAUACUUGGCUAAUGAAAUUCUCCAGGAGGAUUAUAGUAACCUGACAAAGGCAGAUAUCUUUGCUUUGGCUCUGACUGUUGUCAGUGCAUCUGGAGCUGAGCCUCUGCCAACCAAUGGGGAACAGUGGCACAAAAUCCGGCAGGGGAUCCUACCCCAUAUCCCACAAGUGCUCUCUCAAGAAUUUUUAAGCCUAUUAAAGCUUAUGAUUCAUCCUGACCCCACACGCCGACCAUCAACAUCUGACCUCAUCAGGCACCCAGUCUUGCUUACUGCCUCGAGGAUGAAUGCUGAUCAGUUGCGUGUGGAACUUAAUGCCGAAAGAUUCAAGAAUGCCCUGCUCCAAAAGGAGCUGAAAAAAGCCCAGCUUGCCAAAGCUGCAGCAGAGGAGAGAGUUCUGUCCACAGACAGAGUUCUGACACGUUCCACAGUUCAGUCUAGUUCCAGAAGUUCUCGGCUUAUUGGGAAAAAGAUGAACCGCUCUCUCAGCCUCACCAUUUACUGAACUUUGAAAUGAAACAGAGAAGAGUGUCCCCAAAUGGGAGGGUCAUUGGUGCUGUAUCACAGAUUUGAAAUGAAAACUGUAUUGUCUCUUACUGGUUGGACAGAUUGCAUUGUUUCAUUACAGUUUGUGCUUACUCUGUUCUGAUACAUGCAAGAUGGUUUUGAAUGGAAGAAAAACAAUUUCAUAGCACCUGAAAAUCUCAGUUCAAAUGUCAGUUUCUACUGGCCACAGACUGCAUUGUACCGCAUGGUCAAGUUCCAUUUGAAGAAUUUCAGUUUUGCAUAUAUUUCAUGUGUAGAUAUUUCUUAAGGUAGAGAACUUCUUGCCUUUUUUUUCCCCAUCACUUCUCCAGCUUUCACAGAGGUCCAAACCCAUUAAAGAGGCCUAAUGUGUGAAUGUUCUAGACCUAAGACUUGUGCACCUUACUGCCUGAAAAAUGCCUUAUGUUGAGCAAUGAAGGUUGGGCCCUAUGUGUCAAUUACCGUUAAACUGAGCACUUUGGAGGCAAUGGGGAACUCGCCAGAAAGCCUGCUGCUAUUCAUGUUUGUCCAUGUCCAGUUGUGGUUGAAAAAUGAGACAUACAGUUUUAACAUUCUUCUUUUUUCCACCUCAAUCAUUGAUCACCUUUCCUAUACAGACAUUUAAAAAAUCCUUUGAGGUUGUUCUUUACAGAAAUCGCAUGUAUGCUUUUGGUUUUUUCAGGUAGACAAGAUAUAGAACUGAUCAUGUAUACAUGGGAUUUGGUUUCAUUUAGAAGCUGCAAGCUAAUUUGCCUGAUUGUAGCAUUAAAACAAUUGCAUACUUUUUUUGCCUUACAUUAUCUGUUAAGUCAUCAUUUUAUCGUCUGUAUCGCCACUGUACUUUUAUUAGGGUACUCUGUUUCCCUUUUAGACCUUGUACCAUAGAACCUUUUUUUUUUCUUUUGUAAAUAUGUUCUUUUAAUAAACUAGAUUGACACAUCAA